CCAACGCCAAAUGCCCUGUUAAGCUUCUCUUGGCACAUGCAACGAUGCCGUUGUUCACAGCAGCUCUUGUGUAAUCGACGACGGCAUGGAUUGGACGGUCGGGGAUCAGUUUCCUAGAGGGCUGGGUGAUGUGCUGCUCUCUUCUCCACUACAUACUACCCAAGCCGGGAUUGUUUAUAUGCAACUGACGUCGCCCACUUCUACGCUUCCCACCUCCUUCCUUGAGCCUCACCCCCUCGUCUCUGAGUUACACAUCUUGCCCCUAGUAAGAGUCAGUCAGAGUUGGGAGUUGGACCCGCCUCCUUGUUUAUUUUUCAAUAAUUCACGCACGGCCUUCAAGCAACUCUUUCGCUACGGUUGCUACUGUCGCUUUUGUACAUAAAACAAACAGCCCCGUCAAGCCACUUCUGGUUCCGACUUCACUUGUCGCCACCACACACACCUUGACACAAGAAGCCAAUUCAUCACCAUGAAGGCUACACUCUCGCUCCUCGCCCUCGCGGGCGCGGUCUCUGCCAAUGGCGGCUACAAGCCCGUUGAGCCUCCUGCGUACACUCCCAUCCCACCACCUGCAUACACUCCGGCUCCUCCACCACCGGUCUACACUCCCGUGAAGCCCUCGUACACGCCCAAGCCUCCACCAUCUAGCUCCGUGUACACUCCUCCUGCGUACACGCCUCUUCCUCCUCCGAGCUCGAGUUCGGUGUAUACGCCUCCGCCGUAUACUCACGUGCCUCCUCCUCCAAGCUCGACGUAUACGCCUCCUCCGUAUACGCAUGUUCCUCCCCCUUCUUCAAGCUCGAAGUACACUCCUCCCCCUUACACUCACGUGCCCCCUCCUCCAUCUUCGACUUACACUCCCCCUCCUUACACUCACGUGCCUCCUCCACCAUCAUCGACGUAUACUCCUCCUCCGUAUACUCACGUUCCUCCUCCUCCAUCUUCGACCUACACUCCCCCUCCUUACACUCACGUUCCUCCCCCACCUCCCUCGUACACGCCUAUUCCUCCUCCCAACACGACCUACACGCCUCCCCCGUACACUCAUGUUCCUCCUCCAUCCUACACCCCGGUCCCCCCUCCUUCCUCAACCUACACGCCUCCUCCAUACACCCACGUUCCUCCCCCACCUCCUUCGUACACUCCCAUCCCGCCUGUCAACACUACCGUGUACCCUCCCGCUCCCCCACCAUCUACGACUUAUGUUCCUCCCCCUUACACUCCCAAGCCUCCACCGCCUGGAACCGUGACGACGACGAGUUCUCUUGUUAUUCCCUCUCCUUCUACUUUCACGUCUAUUCCACGACCGCCCGGUACGGAUACGGAGACGUCCCCACCUCCCUACGUGAACACAACCAUCCCUUCCAUCCCCGUGCCUCCUCCCCCAGGAACCGCACCCCCAGUCAGCACACCAACAACAUACACCACCGUCUCGUCCUCGCACACCACGGUCAUCACGUCGACCAUUGUUAACCCACCUCCCCCAUCAUACGUCCCCGGUGUCCCACCUUCCUCUGCCCCUGGCGUGCCGCCAGUCGUGCCAAGUGGAAGCGCACCACCUGCUCCUCCUGCGUCAUCUUCUCCUCCGGCCGAGGCUCCUCCCUCGCCUAGUGCGCCGCCUGCCCAGUUCCCUGGCGCUGCUUCGUCGGUGCGCGGAGGCGCUUUUGCCGUGGUCGUCGCUGCUGUCGCCGCUGUCGCUAUGCUAUAGAUCUGCUUAGUGUAGCGUGAGCGGGGAGUCUCACUUGCAUGUCAACAAUGAUCCACCAUUCAUUCAUUUCGAUUGGUUGGUUGGUUGUUCGAAUUGUGAGUUCAGACUCGUCAAGCCUCACAACCAGACGGCCCACGAAAGAGGGAGAGAUGAUGAUGUAUGUAUUGGGGUUAAUAUGCCAAAGUCGGCGGAAGGAGAAGUGCCCUUUUUCUUUCUUUCUAUUCUUCAUGUCACGAUUCGAAUGACCUCUUUUUCUUUUCUUUUUUCUUCACGGAAAAAAAACUCCCUCUUUGAUAUCCACUCCUUGGCCGAACCCUCCCUCCCUUUCCCCCCUUCCCUCCCUUUC